AUUUACUCAUACUAACAAACAGUUACCAUUAAAGCAACCCUUUUUGGAAAAUCAUGGAUAUCAAAUUGGUUCCGGCUACGGUCACGUCCGUCAACGAAAUGUGUGAGUGUGGUCGUCGCGCGUUUGCCAACGACGGUCUCGAUAAUGCUGUUUUCCCUCCUCGUCUGCGAAAUCCCACGAACGAAGAAGAAAUCUACAAAUUCCGCAUGGAGCGUAUUGGGAAGCGUGUACAAUCACCAAACUGGCACUAUGUGCUUGCCACGACUGUGCCGGUUGAUGGCCACGCGCAAAUUGUUGGAUAUGCUGGAUGGGUUGCGCCUGCUCUAGGGAAUGAGUCGAAGCAUAAACAGGGCAAUGAUCUUGCAAAAGAUCAAGUGGAGGAGCAGUCUCAGGUUGCAGAGGCCGAAAAUUUCCCCAACGGCAUGGAUAUAGACGCCUUCAAUUUCGCCAUGGAAACUGUCGAGAAGGCAAAAAAAGAGACCCUGGGAGAAGAUGAACAGAAAGUGUGGUAUCUCAUGUCUUUAGCCGUUGACCCAGAAUUCGCGGGGAGAGGGAUAGCCUCAAGUCUUGUGAAGUGGGGGCUGGCAAAAGCGGAUAGAGAUGGACUACCGGCAUAUCUAGAAUCAACGCCAGCGGCCGUCGGUAUGUAUAAGAGACUUGGCUUCGAGGAGCUAAGGGGACUGCAUGUGAUCAAAGAUAACGAGAGCUAUUUCUUGACUGUUAUGAAGUGGAUGCCGGAUGUUGGCACCGACAUGUAAAUUUUGAUGUUCAGAGUCCUAACAUAAAGGUCAUUUAUGACAGCUCUUCACGGGGAGAGCAAGAUUUCGUGGCGCGGGCUCCAAACAUGCAAUAGAACCAUCUUAAUUUAAG